AUGGAGGGUAUCGAAAGACAACAGUCCGCAGAGCCUUCGGCCAUGAUUACCAGCAGUGCUGAGCGUAUGGUGGGCAUGGACCACGCUGAAGUUCGCUACUUCACAAGCUAUGAUCACCACGGCAUUCAUGAGGAGAUGCUCAAAGAUGAUGUUCGUACUCGGUCGUACCGCGAUUCCAUCUACCAAAACCGUCACAUCUUCAAGGAUAAGGUUGUGCUCGAUGUCGGAUGCGGAACUGGUAUUCUCAGCAUGUUUGCCGCCAAGGCGGGUGCCAAGCACGUAAUUGGCGUUGACAUGUCCUCGAUCAUCGAGAAGGCGCGCGAGAUCGUUGCGGUCAAUGGCUUGUCGGACAAGGUCACUCUUCUCCAGGGCAAGAUGGAAGAGGUUGUACUCCCCUACCCCGAGGUUGAUAUCAUCAUCUCCGAGUGGAUGGGUUACUUCCUUCUUUACGAGAGCAUGCUUGAUACUGUUCUCUACGCUCGGGACCGUUACCUGGUCCCCGGUGGUAAGAUCUUCCCCGACAAGGCGACCAUGUACUUGGCCGCGAUCGAGGAUGGCGAGUAUAAGGAUGACAAGAUCGGAUUCUGGGAUAACGUCUACGGCUUCGACUACAGCCCCAUGAAGGAGAUCGCCCUCACAGAGCCCCUCGUCGACACAGUCGAGCUGAAGUCCCUGGUCACGGAUCCUUGCUCUAUUAUCACCUUCGACCUCUACACGGUCACCAAGGAGGACUUGGCUUUCAAGGUCCCCUUCUCUCUCCCCGUCAAGCGGAGCGAUUUUAUCCAUGCCAUCAUCGCGUGGUUCGAUAUUGAUUUCACUGCUUGCCACAAGCCCAUCAGCUUCUCCACUGGCCCUCAUGCCAAGUAUACCCACUGGAAGCAGACUGUGUUGUACCUCCGCGAUGUUCUCACCGUCGAGGAAGAGGAGGCAGUGACCGGUGUGUUGGAAAACAAGCCCAACGACAAGAACAAGCGUGAUCUCGAUAUCCACAUUUCCUACAAACUGGAGACCACCGACAGACUGCGUUAUGCGGAGGGCGAGUGCUUUUACAGAAUGUAG